AUUUUACUUUUUUUUAUGUUGUUUUUCUUUUCUUCUCUUUUUUGUUGUUUCUUUCUGUCUGUGUUGCUUUUUGUGUAGUUAUGGGUGGUUGAUAUCUGUUCUCCUAGCUCGAAAUUUUCAUAUCUUUUGGAUUUAUUUGGCUUUGAUGAUUCAUUUUUUUUAAUGGUUUCCGUAGUUGUCUAUGUUCCCACUUGAAAUGUUCUUUGAUAUGUUGACAAAUGAAAAAAAAAAAAGUCAUGGGUGCUGGUAAUAUGUUUCGGAGAGGCUAGAUUCUUGUUGUGUUUUUUACUUUCUAUAACCUCUCUUCUCAUGAGAUAAGCAUUGGUAUGUGACUGCACACAAUAACCAUAGGCUCCAGUUCAUCUUGAUGUUUUAUACGAUGGACUGAAUUUUGAAUUCGAAGCUGGCAACAGUGGUUAUUGUGCUUCCAACUAGUCAUGUAAUGGUUAUGCUUGUGUGAAGGCAAGUAUAUAUCUAUAGUCUAGUCAUGUAAUGAACCGACCAAUUGAAAAAUUAUGCUAAUUGCCCAGAAUCAGUCCAAAAUGACUUUUGAAAAAUGAGUGAUCAUGUCCAAUUGAUUAAUGACUAGCAGUAGGAAUGUAGGUUUAGUUCAUUUCAGAGUUAAAGGAAUAAGAGAAGUGGGCAUCUUAGUGUGUUUAUACCUAACUCAUCCCUAUAUAAUAUGAGCAUUGCACCCUACUUAUAUAUUAUAACCAGACCUUAUUCCUAGUCAAUGUGUGAUCUCCUACCGCACUGAUAGGAAAAAAUGGAUGUGGGUUAAACAGUUCAUCUCCUUUUCCAUUUCUAACCACUUUUGUGUGCGCAGAGGGCGUGCAAUGGUAAAUUUGUGUCUAUCACCAGUGGAUUAUGCCAUAGUGAGGAGCUUUUUUCAUCAGGACUCAUUAGUUUUAUGUUAGAGACUGUGCAUGUGUUCCUCUGUACUUUCUUGUGAUUUUGUACAUGAAUAUUUCCAGUUAAGUCUGCAUUGUAAGCUUGGCCAUGAUACUACUAUAUUGGUGAAAGAUUAGUGUGACCUGAGAAUUUGAAGGCUACUGCUCCUGCAAGUAUUUCACUGACAAAUAAAAGAAGACUUCGUAUAGAUCAUUUCAUUUCACUGGUUUACAUUAUGUUUCCAUCUCUGACAUGCACUUGAGAUUAAGACUGUGGUCAUGCUGUCCCCAAUUAAAGCUAUUUUGUUGUAAUGAGCACUGCUCUUUGCUGCGAGAGUGUGUAUUUUCCAAACAUGGAGGUCAUGUCUGGAUGAACACAGAGGAUUACAAAAUCUUACUGUAGUAUUGAAACAGUUAAAUGGCCAUGUCAAAAAUACCUAACAUCAGACCUGGAGAUUUAAGCUCUACAAAAGACAUAUUUGUUUCAGCUGUACGCUUUGCAGUGUCUAUUGAGGGACCGUGUUUACCAUUUGGAGAUGAGCUACGAAUCUCUGCUCAAGAACAAGUUGACUUUAUGCUAGGAGAAGAUGGAGAUACUACAAUGAUCAUCGCCGACGGCGAAGUACAAUCCGCAGUAACAAUGGGUGUGUACAAUAUCAUUCAUUCAUUUGAAACGGAUCUGCGUUCCUUGCUUUUGGACACUUCCCUUGAGCCUGAGGGGGUGUAUGAUAGGAUAAUGAAAAGGGUAUCUGAUCUUGAAUGGAUGUGUAAUGUGCUCCCCAAGAUGGAUUUGAUGAAGAAUUUUGUUUCUAACUGGGCUGCAAUCUCAAGUAAAAUUUUGGUGAUCAUUGAAGACAGGAAACUUGACCAUAUCAUGUGGGGGCUGAAAGUGAAACUGAUAGAAGUAGCAUGUAAAGUUUUGGAAGCAGUUGGUUAUGGCAGUGUGAUUCUUCCAGCUCCAUGUCGAGUGCAAUUGCUGAAGACCUGGUUUCCAUAUGUCCGGAAGAUGAAGCCAUUGCUGGAUUCAAAAGCUGUUGAGGAGAUUGGUUUUCCUUACAAGAUGAGUGAAGAUUUGUGCCAGGCCAUUGAAGGAGCAAUUGUGUCACUGAUAUUGACUUUGCCAUCAAACGAUCAAGCAGACAUUUUGGCAGAUUGGAUCAGAAGUAGGGAAAUUGGAUACCCUGACUUGAGUGAAGCUUUUGAGGUCUGGUGUUACAGAACCAAAUCUGCCAAAAGGAGAUUAGUGGAAAGUUUAGAUGGCCACAGUGAUACUGCUGUUAGCCCUUGAGUUUGAUUCUAAAAUACUAACCUUUUGCCUUUCCUUUUUUCUAUAAAAAUAUAUAAUUUUGGACAAAUUUUGCUUCACCAUUGUAAGAUCACAAUCUUUGAUGUCCCAUACUUAAAUUUGCUUUAUGUAUCUGUAUCUGAUACUCAUACUCUAGGAAGCAUACAUAUAUAUAAAACUACGAGAAACAUUAAACAGAGA